AUGUGGAUAACACUAUAUUUAUAUUUUUAUCUGUCCUUUACCUGUAUCUCUGCAUCUUCAAUCACCAGGUCAGGCUCCUGUCAGCUCCAGGGACGCUUCAAGUUGAAGGGGAUGUACCAAGACGGAGACCUUAUCAUUGGAGGCCUGUUUGCAUUUCAUCUCAUCACAGUGUUCCCAGAACUGAACUUUAAAAGAGAACCGGAGCAGUCACAUUGUGAGCGAUUCUAUAUGCCAAGUUUCCAGCAGGCACAAACUAUGGUAUAUGCCAUAAAUGAGAUCAAUAACAAUCCUAACCUGUUGCCUAACAUAACCCUCGGUUAUCAUCUGUAUGACAACUGUGUGAAGCUUGGACUGGCAUUCAGGUCUGCAACCGCCCUGCUUAGUGGGACAGAGGAGACCGUUUCCAAUUUCAACUGCACUGGCCCUCCUCCAGUAAUUGGGAUUGUGGGGGAUCCUGGAUCUACUCACUGUAUAGCAAUCUCCAGUGUGCUGGGACUGUUUCGAAUACCUAUGGUUAGCUACUAUGCCACCUGCUCCUGCUUGAGUGACAGGAAAAAGUAUCCCUCUUUCUUCAGAACAAUCCCCAGUGAUGCCUUCCAGGUGCAGGCUAUGAUUCAGAUUUUGAAGCAUUUUGGAUGGACUUGGGUUGGUCUUCUCUACAGUGAUGAUGACUAUGGCAUCAAUGCUGCUCAGUCCUUCCAAAAGGAAGUGCAGUUGUUUGGAGGUUGUGUUUCUUUUUCUGAAAUCUUGCCUCUUGAUAACAACCACAUAGACAUCCAGCACAUUGUACAAGGGAUUCAGGCCUCUACAGCAAGAGUGGUGGUGGUGUUCUCCACAGAAGCCUAUCUGCUGCCUUUGAUGGAUGAGGUGGUAUUGCAGAAUGUAACAGGCAGGCAGUGGAUUGCAAGUGAAGCUUGGGCCACCUCACCUGUGUUUCACACUCAGCGUCUUCUGCCCUUUCUAGGAGGCACUCUGGGCAUUGCCAUCCGUCGAGGAGAGAUCCAGGGACUUCAUGAAUUUCUGCUACACCUCCAUCCUGACAGUAAUUUGAGAAAUAAUAUGGUGAGAAUCUUCUGGGAGAACAUGUUUGGGUGCAGCUUUGACACUGGAGGUAGAGAGGGAGAAAAAAUGUGUACAGGACAGGAAGAUUUAAGCAGCACAGAAACAGCAUACACUGAUGUUUCAGAGCUGAGGGCUUCAUAUAAUGUGUAUAAGGCAGUUUAUGCCCUGGCACAUGCACUACAUGGCCUUAUGCAGUGUGAGGAGGGUAGUGGGCCAUUCAGUGGGAACAGAUGUGGCGAUAUAACCAACCUAAAACCCUGGCAGCUGGUUCACUACCUACAGAAAGUGAACUUCACCACAGGCUUUGGGGACCAUGUGUCAUUUGAUGAGAAUGGAGAUGCUCUGGCCAUCUAUGAUGUGAUGAACUGGCAGCCGAGCUCUGAUGGAUCAAUAGUUGCUCGAACAGUUGGUGUGGUAGAUGAAGGGGCAGCAAGAGGGAAGGUGCUCACAUUGGAGGAGGAUGCAAUAUACUGGAACUUAGAGACAAAUAAACCUCAACAGUCUGUGUGCAGUGAGAGCUGCCCCCCAGGCACCAGGCGAACCAGAAGGAAGGGCCUUCCUGUUUGCUGUUUUGACUGCCUGCCAUGUGCAGAUGGAGAGAUUUCUAAUAUACCAGAUUCCAUUGAGUGCACAGUGUGUCCAGAUGAGUUCUGGUCCAACCCAAAAAAGGAUGAGUGUGUCCCGAAAGAAGUGGAGUUUCUAUCCUAUGAGGAACCUCUGGGCAUUUCCUUGAGCACUGCUUCCUUGCUCGGCACUUGUAUCUGUUCUGCAGUGGUUGUCAUCUUUGCGCAUCACCGCCAUACUCCAGUUGUGCGAGCUAACAAUUCAGAGCUCAGCUUUCUGCUGCUGUUAUCACUCAAACUAUGUUUUCUGUGUGUGCUGCUUUUCAUUGGCCGGCCUCAGUUAUGGACGUGCCAGUUAAGACAUGCAGUGUUUGGCAUAAGCUUUGUCCUGUGCAUCUCCAGCAUCCUGGUGAAGACUAUGGUGGUAAUAGCUGUGUUCAAGUCAUCUCGACCAGAGGGUAAAAGUGCUAUGAAAUGGUUUGGAGCCGCUCAACAAAGAUGCACAGUUCUGGUCCUAACAACCCUCCAGGUUGUGAUAUGUGCAGUCUGGCUAUCAAAUGUAUCUCCAGCACCGCAUAAAAAUAGCCAGUAUAUCAGUUCCAAAAUAGUAUAUGAAUGUACUAUAGGCUCAGUGGCUGGGUUUUCCAUGCUACUCGGCUAUAUUGGCCUUUUAGCAGCAGUAAGUUUCCUGUUAGCCUUCCUUGCAAGAAAUCUUCCAGAUAAUUUUAAUGAAGCAAAGUUCAUCACUUUUAGCAUGCUGAUCUUCUGUGCUGUGUGGAUUGCAUUUGUUCCAGCAUAUGUGAGUUCACCAGGGAAAUAUGCAGUGGCUGUAGAGAUAUUUGCCAUCCUGGCUUCAAGUUUUGGAUUACUGGUUGCCAUAUUUGCUCCAAAGUGCUACAUCAUUAUUUUACACCCAGCAAGAAACACUAAAAAAGCCAUCAUGGGAAGAGCAACCUAA